AUGGAAACAAAAGCUAUAGAAUUCAAGACUCGUCUGACUUAUCAAAUAGCCAAUUCCCAUCUUGUUGACGCUCUGCCAUAUCUUGAUAAAUAUACAGAAAAUGACAACAAAAUAGCUAAUGAACUGGUUCAGAAGGAAAUGAAAUCUUUUGAGCCUGGGGACUAUUUAAAAGAAUUACCUUUGCCAAAGACAAAUUUUGAAUCAGCGCCUUAUUUUAAAGAAUUUUUUGACAAUUAUUCUAAAGAAAACCCUGUAAAGGCUGAAGCUGAGACAGAAAAUUCAAUUGAAGAGCUAAGAAAAGCUAAACUGCAAUUUUGCUAUAAUGAAAUGAGGAACAGCAAUCUUAAGCUUCUAACCAAAUUCGGCGCUGAAGCAUGGAAAAGGCACAUAAAAGACCUAGAUUCUUAUCUUAAGAGGAUUGAAAAAACAGUGAAAAACUAUGAAAAUACUAACACAGCCAUCAACCAGCACAGAAAAGCUGAUCAGGAAAACGCUGAAACCCAAAUAAAAUCACUCCAAACCGAAUGGAGCCAGCUCGUCAAAAGAAACAACGAGCUCAAAAUCCUUCGAAACAGCAUGGCAGGAAAGGUCAAUAAAUUAAAAAGACCAAAAAUAGACAAAGAAUAA